UGCUUUGCAGAUCAUCGGUUUAAAGAAGCUCUGAACUGAUUCAAUAUUAACCAUAUUUCCUGUCUACCAGCAGGGGGCGGUACUGCAGCUUCUAGUCGAUCUGACAGCCGCCAUUACGAACCAGAAGAAGAAGAAGCUUUUAGCGCCACUUUCAGGGUUCAGCACCAGAGUUCUGUAGAAACUCGGGCCAUUUGACCCAGCUCGGCUCGAACGGAGAGUGAGCAGGACCGGAGUUCUACACAGAUCCGGAUCCACCGGCCCGGUUCGUUGCGUCUAGAGGCGGCGGAUGGGCUCCCUGCAGGUGUUCCUGGACCGGUUCGGACCCAGUAAUGAGGCGGAGUCCAUGUGGCUGAAGAACAUCUUCACCUUCAUCUACCAACACCUGAGUCCUGCUGCCUGUGGCUCCGCCCACUCUGCUGCUGACCAAUCACCAGCAGGUGCAUCAUGUGACCACAGCGUGUAUGAGCUGAGUGUGUGUGUUGUGGAGAAGAUCCUGGAGAAGAGCUGCCUCUCUACCAGCUUACCUGUCAGCUACAGACCUCUGUCUGUCUCUGAGGUGCUCUCCCAGCAGCACCUGGCCUGCGUCAGCAACCUGUCCUGGAGCACCAAUCAGCACCGAGCCUGGGCCAGGGAGGCGGAGCUCGGCCUGCCGGGUCAUAGGGCGCUGCCCAGAGUCAACCUGCUGCUGAUUGGCUGGCUUAGAGAGGGGCGGGGUGGAGAGUGGAGGUUGAUGGACAGCAGCGGCAGCGUCAGGUGUGAGCUGAUCUGUCCGUCUCACCUGUGGAUGAACCAUCUCGUCUUCCUGCAUCACUGGAACUACAUCCCCCAUGAUGCCUCUAGGCACGACCAGAACAGAGCAUACUUGGAGCUGAUUGGUUCUCCUGUUCUGCUGUGUCCCAGAGCUGAGCAGGGAUUGGCUGCAGGUGUAGGAAGGGCGGAGCUUGAUGGAGCGGUGAGCGUCAGAGAGGCUGCAAGUCUGCUGAGGAACAGGGUCAGAGGUCAGCGAGUGUCGGUGUUUGGUCAGGUGGGCUCAUUGUGCCCUCUGCUGGAGGUGUCAGGAAGUAUCUUCUUCUUCUUCUCUCUGAUGGAGGAUGAAGAGACUGUUCCUGUCCUGGUGAAGGACAGCAGGCUGUGGUGGUCUCAGUGUGUGUGUGUUGGCCACAGAGUGUGUGUUACAGCUCUCAGAGUGUGUGUGCUCAGAGGAUGGAGAGGAAACAACGUGCUGUGUGUUACUGACCGUUCUCAGAUACACACUGGAUACACACACACACUGACAGGACACACACACAGCAACACACACACUGACAGGACACACACACCACAUGCACAACAUCACACACUGACAGGACACACUCCUGCUGACCACACCCACUCUGACCACCACCUGCUGAUAAACCAUGAAGAGGCGGAGCCUGAGGAGGCGGAGCCUGACGAGGAUCCUUUCCAAUCAGCAGUGAGGAUGAAACAGUCCAGAGUCAUCAGUUACCAGGGCACAGUGACAAAGGUGGUCAGCGAGGGGGUGGGACUAUAUGUGAUGGACAGGAAGGUGGGUCUGUGUUUGGCCUAUCAGCCGUCAGAGAGGAGGAGGCUGAGGGCAGGAGACCAGGUGGAGCUGCGCCAGGUCCACUUCCUGUACCGGCCCUGUCCUGACCUCCCUCCCAGCAUGCUUUGCUGCUGUCUUCGCUCCUCCCUCAGGGUGACGGCGUUCAGCAGGGUGGGCGGAGCUACUGCACACCCCAGCUGUCCAGCAGACGGAGUGUUGCCACGGUUACUGCUGCAGAACAAUAGAGGAGUGGACCAGUACCUGUGGACCUGUCACCUGACCUCCCAGCUGACACACAGUCUGGUCCCUGGUGAGCUACAGCACCACCUUCCUCCUCCUCCUCCUCAGUGUGUGUGUUUGCUGUCCUGGAAGCUGUCAGAGACUCUGUGGACACAGAGAGGACCAGGACCCAGAGACAUCUACUCAGAGAUGUUGGACCACCCUCACAGCUGUCCUCUGAACCAGUACCAGGUGGACCCCUCAGUCCCUCAGCUCCUCAGUGUCUCAGACCUGCUCCAGUCCCUCAGGUCCUCCUGCUGGUCUUCAGUCUCCCUGAGGUCUCUGCUGCCCCCAGAUGGAUCCAGUCUGAGCAGGUCUCAGAUGAACUCUGCUCUGUCCUGGUCCUGCAGGACAUUGUCCUCUAAUCCUCAGACAGGAGACAGUCUCAGGCCCCGCCCCCUGCAGUUGGUGGGGGUUCUCCAGCUCCCCUCUGAGAGGUCAGAGUUCAGACAGACUCUGCAGCUAAGAGAUGCUACAGCAGCCGUGGGCUGCGUUGUCACGGAAACCACAGAGGAGGAGGAUGGAGGUCAGAGGGCGACCUUCAACACUGCCUGGAUAGGGUGCCUGGUGUGUGUGCGUCGGUUCACCAUGGUAACCGAGAGGUUCCUCCAAUCAGAGUUCCCCUCCUACCAACAUCUGGACCAGGACCGCUUCAUCACCCACAGAUCCUGCAGAGUUUACCUGCAGUUCUCUCUGGAUCACCUCCUCAUCCUGAGCCCCUCUGUCACCAUGGUAACAUCCCUGAGGUUGAAGGGGGAGGAGUCAGGACGUGAUGUCACACAUAGGAAAUGGAGAGUAGAAGAAGAGAGUGGUGUAGGCAUAAAUAAAAGACCCGAUGAAGAGGUCUCAUCCUCUGUUGCCAUGUCAACAGUCCCUGAGGGCGGGGCCUCCCAGGCGUGUGUCUCCAUGGUGAUUAAAGUGAAGCAUAAGGGAGGCGUGGCCUGGAGAAACACAGGGAUAUGGACCAAUAGAGGGGAGGAGGGACUUCAGCUGGUAUUUUCCAUCACAGCUCUUCUGAUUGGUCCAGUGGUCAGAUGGGGGCGGGAUCCAAUGAAUGGACCAAUGAUGAAGAGGGAGGUGGAGUCAAAGAGGGAAGAGAAGGUUCUGCUGGUGUUCUCUGGUGGUUCUGCUUGCUGGUUUCCAGUCCUCCAGUCUGGACAUUUCUACAGACUCGUAGCUGCCAACACUCAGGAUCCUAGCGUUCUGAUUGGCUGCAGAGUUAGUGGGCAGAGGGGGGUGGAGCUCCACACUGACUCCACCCUUCAGGUCAGACCUGAUUGGAGGUUCUACACUCUGACACGCCCCCUACUGCUGCACACCUGCAUUCAGACUCCUCCCCCAUCAGUCCUGUCUGUGUCUCAGGUGUUGGACUGCAGGUCAGAGGUCGUGACCUUCCAGGGCCUGAUCUCUGAGAGACUCAGCUUGAUGGACAGGAAGGGACAGACUGGACACACACACUCAGGUGUUCGUCUGACUGUGUGUGACCAAAGUGGACGGAGUCUCUGUGUUUACCUGGACCUAAGCCACGCCCCCUACACACCUGGUCUGUUGCCAGGUAACAGGCUGCUGCUGUCAGGGUUCCUCAGGAAGCUGUCCAGGUCAGGAGGCGUGUACUGCUCCCUCUCACCUGUCAGCUACAUUACUGUGACAUCACUGGGAGACUCCAGCAGGUUGGGCCCACCCCCUGCUGUUCCCAGCAUGCACCUGGCUCAGUUGGCUUUCAGCAGGUGUGUUCUGAGUAAGAUCAAAGGUCAUGUGGUGUGUUUCCUGCUCCUGCAGCUGCAGUGGAGCUGCUCCCUCUGUGGGAGUGUCUACAGACAGGUCUGCAGCUCUCAGUGUGGAUCCUCCUCAGCUGUGUUUCAGUCCAGAGCAAAGGUGGUGAUUGACGAUGGGACAACUGAAGCUCACGUCUGGUUGUCAGGGAAACCAGUUCAGACUCUGCUGGGAUUGGCUGAUUCUCAGUGGGAGGGGCUUCAGAGAGCACUCAGGUUCAGAGGUCACAUUAGAGUGUCCCCUCGGGGGCGGGGCCUGGUCACUGAUGGAGACUCUGAGGACGUCCUCCUUCACUUCCUGUUGUCCCUCUGCAGCAGUGAUGUCAUCUGUCAGCAGGUCUCCCUUACCUGCAGGAAGCUGACCAAUCAGAGCUCAGAAGAGGUGAGACGUUUCAGCCGAGGAGACAGAGACUUCCUGACCAGACUGCCUCGCCCUCUGCAGCUCACCUGUACACACCUGGACCCUCCCUGAAGAUUCAUGAUAACACCUGUUAGACCUUCCUGUUCACUGUUUCAAUGCCUCACUAAAUCUUUGUUAUUCAGG